AUGUUUAAAAAAGAAUUGAGAGAAGCAUUGACGAAAAGACGCGAAGAAUUAGAUACUUGUGAGAUUGAAGCUCGCCAUAGACAAUACCUUAUUGACCGUUGGUUGCGAAAUGGUGGUGAUUUGUUACUUUCUUCUACUGGUGCAUCUUCAUUGCCUAUUCGUCCAUCUGAACUAGAUUCAAUACCAAACGUUGUAAAAUGUUCUCUACCUAAAGAUUUAAUUGCUGGUGCUAGAGUUGUUCCUUCAACAUUAAAAACACAUCAAAAAACUGCCAUUCCUCAUUAUGGUUUACCUUCAACAUCAGAACAACAUCAAAGGAUAGGUAUUGCUCAUUCAGUUGCAUGCCAAGCUAAUGUUGAGGACUCACCUUCACUUCCAAUUUUUUCAACUACUACAUUACCUAAUCAAACUCAUAAGAAAUUUCUUCCAAAAGAUUAUGGAUCAAAUACAAAACGAGAAGAAAUUAAUAAAAGAUUACAACAACAAAUGAUAAAAAGACCAAUUGAUGCCAGAGAUGCUUGUACCCAGACCGCUCUCUGUGCCGAAACCCAAACAGAUCCAUCUGUAGAAAUUGAUGAUGCUGUUAAUGGCUUAUCUGGACAGGAACGGAUGUGGACAUCUGAGGAAAAACUUCGCCGGUAUUCUAAUUUUCUCUCUUUGUUCCUUGAAUUUACAAAAUACCCCCUUCUUUUGAUUUCCUUAUUUAUUAGACAAUUAUUAUUAAGGGUCUGGCCUCCACCCUACUCUGGUGCCCAUAAACUACAACAACCAAUGUCAGAUGAUCCCUCAUCUCGGCGUUACUUAUCUUCCACAAGUAUUGACUUGUCUCAACAACGUUCUCACCCUUAUCAUCCUUGGCAACGAUAUAGAGAAAAUAAUAGGCUUGGCCGUUUCCAUCUGACAGAUUCCGACACCCAAAGCGAAAGAGGUCGGAAAGAACGUUGUGUACGUGCUGAGUUAGAACAACGAAGAAAACAAUACUUCAAUUCGCUAGGCGAUCUACGUUACAACGAUUUAACGACAACCAAACAAAGAUACUGGCCUCAAUAUCAACAAGAAUUUAUACCUAAAUUUCCUUCGCACCCGGCUUCUCAGCCUUUUCCUCAACAACAAUUCCAACCUUCGUUUAACAGCACCAACUCUUUGCCUAGAGGCUGGCCAGAAAAUGGAGGUCUUUUAUCAAUGCCUUCUUAUCAGCGUCCCCUUCAUGAUCGUUCUCGAUACACUUAUGGUUCAUUACCGAGAGAUUAUGAGCGACGAUUGACUUCCUCAUUUGCUCCAAAAGAACAACAACAAUUGCAAAAACAAUAUUUACUACAACAACAACAACCGUCUUCAGUUUAUGGUUCCUAUUCUCUUCAAGAUCUUGAUAGUUCCAAUAAUUAUCCUGGAGAGUUUUCUGACAGUUUUGGAAGAGAACAACUUUACGGCCAACGACCUGAUAGUCAAUUUGAUGCUAUGCAAAAUAUUGGAAGACAACAAAGACCUCCCUAUUGGCAACCAAGUCGUUCACUAAACCAAUUGAAUCACUCGUUUGUUGAUGAUUUUCAAAUGAGCGGUUUUCAAAGACCUCCAAAAAAACAAACAGAUUUUCUUGAUAUUCAACCAUCUACCAGUCAAUUUAUUGAUGGAAACUUUUCACAUAUUCGAAAAUCUCCAGCUCCAAACGAAUUAUUAUCAGAAUAUGCCAACUUUUUGAAUAAUCGUUUCAUUGAACAGCAACGACAACAGAGAAUAGCUGAUGAGAGGGAAAGAGAACGACAACAACCUUUACAACGACCUUUUGGUGGCCAAGAUUAUGCUGGAAUUCCCGGAUAUAGAGACAACCUACCUCCAUAUAAUGACUAUUUUGAUGUUCAACGACAAAUGCAAUACUUCCCUGAUACUCAACAACAAUAUCAUCAACGUAAACCAAAUUUAUGGCAAAUCCCUUCAGGAUUUGCAUAUGAUGAUCAACAACAACAACCUUUUGUUUAUAGCAGAAAUGAGACUAAUUAUGGAGCAAGGCCUCCACCUACACCAGAAUAUGGAAAUUUUGGUUGGCGAGAACAACCUUUUUCUUAUCGCCAACCUUAUGGAGUAGAUAAUAGUUACUAUAGUGGAUACCCUUCACAUCAACAAGUACUGCAACCACAACAACAGCAGCAACAGUUUAGCACAAAUUGGCUGAAUAAUGAUUUAAUGUCAAACAGAAUAAUGCCGCCAAAUUAUAGAAUCCCACAAACUCAACAAUAUACCCAACAACAAUUUCCAUCUUCUUCACUUUCACAACCUUUUAAUAAACACCAUCAACAACAUCAAAGUCGUAGUUUACCUCCAAGUAUUUUAAGAAAAAGGCAACCUCCUUUGCGCAGUGCUGAUGAAAGUUGGCCAAAUGAAUUAUCAAAUGAAUGGCCACAAAAUAUUAGGGAAAUUAAUAAAAUGACAACAGAAAAAAAUAUUUUCCCUACAAAUAAAAAUAACAACAAUUAUUCUACACAAAAAAUAACAAAACGUUCAUCAAAAAUUAAACGUUUAUUAUUAACUAGAAAAUAUAAAUAUGAUAAUGUUUUUAAAGAUUUGGGUAUUCGAGUCGUUGGGGGGAAAAGAAUGCCAAAUGGUGAUUUGGGUGCUUUUAUUAGUUCUGUUGACAAAAGUUGUGCUCAAGAAAUGUUAGGGGAAUUAGUUGAAGGAGAUCAAGUUCUUGAAUGGAAUGGUGUUUUAUUAAGUGGAAAGACUUAUGAAGAAGUUGAAAGAAUUAUUCAGGCGGGAACUGGAGAAAUUGAAAUGAUUGUCUCUUGUAAAAAUGGGCAAAAAAGGAUUAAUAAUUGUGAUGAUUAUUUAAAUGGAUGUGAAGAGAAGAAGGGAAGUGGGGGAAAAAUAGGGAGAGAUGUUAAAAUUGCUUUUGCUAAUUCUCGACUUAAAAAUAAACAAGAAUUUGAUUCUUCAUGUUGGCAUUCUCCCAAUGAACCCCCACCCGUUCCUGCACACCAAAGCAGCAAUAGCAUUAGUGAUGAGGAGGAGAAUGAAAGGAAAUCUAGUUUACCACAACAAAAUUUAAAUAAUAAAGAAUAUUCGAUUAAUGAUUUAAAAGAAUAUCCAUUUAAUACUAAUGGAAAAAGUGCCAGAUUAAAUGGUUCUCACGGUUAUUUACAAUUAGCACUUGCAUAUACUCCCCAAGAAGAAUUACUUCAAGUUUAUGUUUUGGCAGCUAGAGCUUUGCCUUGUAGAGAAGGGGGAAUACCUCCAAAUGCUUAUGUUAAAAUAUAUUUACUUCCAGGCAGAAAAGUUUCAAAUAAACGCCGAACAAAAUAUCAACCAAAAAAUUCAAAUCCAAUUUGGGAUCAAUUAUUAGAAUAUUCAAUUAGUGUAGACAGACUUGCUAGUCAUUUCCUAGAGUUUACCGUUUAUAAUUAUGAUAGGGAUAGAAGAAGCGAAAAUCAGCCUUUAGGUCAAUGUUUGGUUAGUCUUGGAGAUACUUCAAUUGUUUUUAGCGGCACUCCCCGCUGGUUUGCACUUCAACCCCUUUCAUUUUCUUAUUCUUCAACAAACGAAGAAAUGACAGAUUUUGAUUUAAUAAAUAAUCAACAACAAAAUGAAAGAUAUUUAGAUUAUAAUCCAAGUAGUUAUUUAUUAAAAUUAAAUUAA